UACAGAGGGUGGGAGGUAUGCAGGAGUAUGGGGAAGGGCUUGGGAGGUCCGAAACAGGUCUGGCAUGAGUUGCAGUGCUGCAGUGCGAUGUAAGCAAGGGGAGGCCAAGGAGAGAAUACAUUGCAGCUCAAGGACUUUUUGGUGUUCUAUGAUUCUAGGCCUGUAAAAAUUCCCUAAGCAGUAGCUAGCCAAAAGCAGCAGCUGCCCCUCGAAGCUUCAGCUAGCCCAAUCUAGCCCAGUAGUGCAGUAAAAUACUCUAUGACUGCCAAAUGUCAUGGAAGAUCCAAUAGCAUGGAGCAAAGCAGCCUCCCUCACCCCAGGAAGCUCCAACUGCCCCAGGAAGCCCCAGCCCAGCUACCCUGGCCCAGCUGCACAUACUGCCUUGCACCCCGAGACCCCUGCCAGCCUGCUCUCUGCCAUACCAGCUAACUGUCACCAUCUUCUUCAUCCUGCCACUGUGGCUAAGGUCUGCAUUUUGCAAUGCAGCUGCUGGCCAUGUCAAGCCUCAUUCCCAAGGCCGUUUAUGCCAUUCUUCAAAUUGCUUAUGGUCUUGUCCAAAUCAGGUGCAGCCUCUGUGGAAAGCUUCAGGGCCUUGCAAGAAACAUUCAUUCAUUCAUUCAUUUCAUUCAAUUUAUUAAUAAAUUCCUUUAAGGUUUGAUGGGUAAAGAGCUUGAAAGAAAAUUUGGAACUUUGUUACUAUAUAUACUAGAACAAAGCCUUGUGAAAAGGUUGCAAAUGAUUUGGACAAGGCUGCACAUGGCCUCUGGAAGGCCUGGCAUGACCUGCAUUUGCCUCAGAAAGGACCAGACUGGACAUGCUUAGCAGCAUGAGCAAGAAGAUGGCGAAGGUUAGCUGGGGUGGCAGGGGCCCUAAAGCACAAGGAACCCAAAGUGCUUAGAUAGCAGAGAGGGGAGAUAGGCAGUGGCAGGAAUUGAAGUGAUUCUGCAUUCCUAAAUGAGUGGCAGGCACCCUAAUUUUGAUGAGGUGACCAUGGGUGCUGCAGUAGUCAUAACUUUGGGGACCAAUCAUAAGCCCUUUUUUUAAAAUAGUUGCAGAAUAAAUGGCUAUUAUUUGAGGAGUUACCUGUAGAAACAUUAAUUCCCUUUUUCUAAUUAUCCCAGCAUCCAUGUGAGAUUUCCAAAGGGUACAGGAGUGAAGGGCAUGGAAAGCAUAGUUGAAGUCAUAUGAUUUCCCACUUAUCGACUGCUUUGUUUUACGACAGAGCUCCCAAUUCCAACUGUGGUUGCUAAACAAGAACUACUUGUAGACUGCUUGGCCAUUAUGCUCAGAAUAGUUUGCCCAUUUCAGAGAUAAGAGCAGAAUAUAACAUAUUCAAUUUGGAUUUAACAUCAGGCCAUAGUUUACAUGGAAACAUAGGAGAAAAAAAGCAUAUUGCAUAGAACUCUCACCCAUAUCAUACACUGGCAGUUGACCUACUGGCCUGUUUGACUAUUUUGCUAGCCAAUAAAGCAAUAAUGUUACAGGAAAUCACUGACAGGAGUGUUGUUUUCAGGAGUUAAUGAGGGAGUUUAUCGGUUCAUUACUCUUUCUGCAGCUUGGAAUUUGGCUUAUUGCAAACGAGCUAUAUUGCAGCCUUUCCCAAUUUGGUGCUUUUCUGUUCAGUUGGGCUACAGUCCUCAUUCUGAUUGCACAGCACUUUAGGGCACCAGGUGAAGGAUGACUGCUGGAUAGAGUAUGUAUAAUAUGACUGUUCUUACAUUAGGAUAAAGAUUUCUAUUCUAAGCUGCUUAGAGUUCAGGCUGGGAGUGGAGAUAAACCUAUUAUCAAAUAUUACAAUGAAGAGUAGAAACAUAUUGCAUACAGAAAACAGAAUGCCAGACUAGGGUAGGACUUCGCUCUAAUCAAGUCUCUAUUUGUGCAGGAUUUCUUUUAAAGAGAGAGAGAGAGAAAAAUAGCAAUGUGAAAAUGUUUUGAAAUUCUUUGAAAACUGUAUUUUUUUAUAUUUAGACUACGUAAUGUAUAGAUUAGUAUCUUGAUUUCACUGCAAUUUAUCAAACAUUAGUUUGCAAAAGUUAAUAAAUCCUGAUCAUAAUAUUGUAGAAUUACAAAAUAACAACCAAAUCAGGGAAAAGCCAACACCUUCCCCCCCAAAAGGAUUAUUAUUAAAUAAAGUUCAAAGAAAAACAGCAGGGCCUUAGCAAAUCUUCAUGAUAUUGUGCCACUUUUUGUACAUACUUCUAAUUACGCAAAAAUAGAGAAUCUCUGAUAACCAAUUUUCCUCAAAUUGUUUGCAAUAGGAAUAGGAGAAGAAAAGGGAAGUCUUCCUCCAUACCUCUCUUUCCACAAGAACCCAGUCUCCUUGAAAAAUUAUUCUGUAAAGGAUGAAUAAAUUGAGCAGAUUGUUUGAGAAAUGUAUCCUUUGCAUGUUCACUGGGAAUCAAGAUACUUGGAACACUAAAUAGACCAAGCAGCUUCUUUCAUUUUUAUUAUUAGAAUAUUUCUUGAUACAUUGUUUCUCUGUUUUUCUAGGAUGGGAUGAACAUGUGUAUGUUCAUGCAAAACAUCUUAACCAGGCUCAUGAGGUUACCUCUAAUCACAGCUGCAUUAGUUCAAGGGAAAGCUCUAGGUGGAGGAGCAGAACUAACUACUGCAUGUGAUUUUAGGUUAAUGACUCCAGAGAGUGAAAUUAGAUUUGUCCACAAGCAGAUGGGCUUAGUGCCAGGUUGGGGGGGAGCUGCCAGGCUUACCCAAAUCCUUGGCAGCAGCUCUGCCCUCAAGUUGCUGAGUGGUGCUGUGAAACUGGAUCCACAGAAUGCCCUUCAUAUUGGGUUGGUAGAUUCCAUCUUGUCCUCAUCUGAUGAACACGAGUCUCUGAGAGAAAUGCAUACAUGGCUUAAGCUAUAUACCACAGGCCCUGCUGAAGUCAUUCAGGCCGUGAAGAAAGUUGUUUCAGCAGGAAGAGAGCUACAAUUAGAAGCUGCCUUGAGGAGAGAAAAAGAGAUAUUUGGAAGAGUUUGGGGUGGUCCUGCUAAUUUGCAGGCAUUGGCUCAGAGAACAAAACAUAAAUGAGACAAUUUUCAUCUGACUUUCUUCAACUAAAACAGCUGCUGCCAAAGACGACUGGUGGGAAACUUUCCAAAUAUUAUGAACUCAGUAGGUGUUAGCCUUAUUAGGACAGCUCUCCUGGAAUGCCACUGGCACUGCACUGACAAUUAGAGGUGCCACACCAGGUUUUUUUCAACAAUGCUCUCAUUUUCUGGUCUUGCUUGUUUUUUUUUCUACAGAACCCCACCCUGAUGGUACCACUUAAUAUGAACCCAUUUGGAAAUUAAUGUGCAUAAAGUGGUAUGCUUUUAUAAUGUAAGAACCGUAAGACGUGACAAAAUAAUUUUCCUCAAUUUUUAAAUGCUGGCAUUAUGUGUGGUUUGUAUAUAUAGAUUUUGUGUUGAGAAGUUGCUUUUUUUUUUUAGACAGGCUUAGUUGACAUUGGUAACUUCAAAUCUCAAUCACUCUUGCAGAUAAACACAAAUAAUUUUUGAUUCGUACAUGUCAUACUUUUGAAUAACUAGCUCACUGUGAAUUGACUCACAACCCCAAAUCAAAACUGAACAAUGCCAAAUGCUUUUUCUUCGUAUUGUAAAUUGUUCCUUCUAUAUUUAUAAGCAAAGCUCCUGCCUUCAAGCCUCACAUCUAAUUACUGGAUUCUUGAUCUGUGAACAGAACUCUUGGAGACAUUCAGUUUCAUUGUAAACUUAUCUUCACUUUAUAUUUUAUAAAGUUGAAGUAAUGAAGAAAUAUUCACUUGGAUGUAUGGCAAAAUGUGACAUUUUUGAUAUUUGUAUACUAGUUGCAACAUCUAUGAAAUUUGUUUAAUGGCUUGAAGUCUAUGCAGCACAUAGAGGUAGUACCAACAAUCUAAAGAUAACAUUCCAUUGACCUUACCUGUGCUAAUUAGCUUGUAUGAAGCAUCUUGGAUGAACCAGUGUUUUUCAGCUGUCUAUAUUCACACAUUUACUUGACAUAUGUCAUGGUACAAGUAAAGUAUAUGCUGUAGUUCUCAGUACAUUCUACAUAUACCAUGUUUGGCUUACAUUAGCUGGUCAGACAUAAUAGUGUAAACAAGCCUAUGCAACAUUUCUGAUGCACUUCCCAAAAUGCUUUGGAAUACACGUCAUAGUAAAUAGAACACUUGAAUAUGAUUUUUUCCAACAGAAGUUCAUUUUCCCAGGAUAUUGUAGCAGUUGGGUUCUGUGUUUUCUGAAGGACUAUUUUGGAAUCAAAUCCAAACAACUGCAUAACUUUAAAAUUAAUUUUGAUGAAUAAGCUUACACUAUAAUAGUAUUCAACAAUCUAGGCAUCUGUUGAGGGAGUAAUGUCUUUACUUAUUCGCUGACGCAGCAUAAAACACAGCUGCAUACAUAUCUACUCUAAUGUAUCAGUAUAUUCCAUUGAACUUCCUACUAAAAGGAAAAUGUGUAUAUAAUGUUACAGCUGUGCUCUAGUUCUUAGAUGUUAAAGUUUGAAGUAGUGGGGGAAUUCAUCAAUCUAGAUUACCUUAACAGACCUCUGUUAAAUAUUAACU